AAACGUCAGUUGAUAAAAAAUGUCCGCUUGAGGCGGUCGAUUACAAAUCGUCGUGAAACAAAAAUAAUUUACGAUUUUUAUUUAUUUUGUUAAGUUUUAGUGUUUAAUCGUGUGUUUUACUAUUUAAAUCGUAUUAUUAUAAUUAUUAGUGUACCGUUGGCUACAGUGCAUUGUGUUUUUCCCGAUCGGGUAGUUUUAAACAGGUGAUGCCGACACCCCGAAUGGAUCGAUAUUGGUGAGGGUGGUCCUGGCGUGUGCGAGGGGGCGCGAUGGAGAAGUCGGCGCGGCCGCGGACGGCGCUCAACGAGUGUGUGAAGGUGGUGGUGCGCUGCCGCCCGCUCAGCGAGAACGAGACCCUCGAGGGGUACGAUGAGGCGCCCCGGGAGCGCGGCCGGCCCUGGUACGAGCGGCUGUCCAGCCCCGCCGCCGCUGAUAAGAGACAGUUGAAGGACACCACGCAGGUGGUGCAGGUGUGCCCGGAGCGCGGCGCCGUGCGGGUGCUCAACUCGAAGGGGCAGGACAAGGUGUUCACGUACGACGCGGCCUACGACGCCAGCGCCGACAACCAGACCAUCUACGAUGAGAUGGUCCGUCCGCUGGUGGCGUCCGUCCUGGACGGGUUCAACGGCUGCGUGUUCGCGUACGGGCAGACGGGCACGGGCAAGACGCACACCAUGCAGGGCUCCCCGACCGACGAGGGCGUCAUCCCGCGCGCCUUCCGACACAUCUGGGCGCACAUCGAGAACGCCGCGUCGCCCGACGUCACGCACCUGGUGUCCUGCUCCUAUGUGGAGCUGCAUCUGGAAGACGUCAGGGAUCUGCUGGCCAAAGACGGGAAGAAGUUGACGAUACGGGGACAGCAGGAGCUAAACGGGUUCUACAUCCCGGAGAUGACGUCCGUGGUCUGCAAGUCUGCGGCGGAGAUGGUGCGCGUGAUGACGGCGGGGGCGCGGCGCCGCGCGGCCGCCUGCACCGACAUGAACGAGCACUCGUCGCGCUCGCACGCCGUGUUCCUCGUCACCGUCGAGGCGGCGCACAAGCACACGCACGUCAUACGCGUGGGCAAGUUAAACCUGGUGGACCUGGCAGGCAGCGAACGGCAGCGCAAGACCAACGCCUCGGCCGACCGGCUGCGCGAGGCCAGCCGCAUCAACCAGGCGCUCAGCUCGCUCGGGAACGUCAUCUCCGCGCUCGCAGAGAACAGCCCGCAUGUGCCCUACAGAGACUCGAAGCUGACGCGCAUCCUGCAGGAUUCUCUCGGGGGCAACAGCAAGACCAUCAUGAUCGCGAACAUCGGGCCGGCGCAGUACAACUACGACGAGACCGUCACCACGCUGCGGUACGCACACCGCGCCAAGGCGAUCAAGAACAAGCCGGUGCGCAACGAGGACCCGGCGGACGCGAAGCUGCGCGAGUACCAAGCGGAGAUCGAGCGCCUGCGGGCCAUGCUGGCAGAGCGGAGAGGAGCGGAGCGGCGCGGGGCGGAGCGGAAGCCGAGGAGGGCCACCAAGAAGACACAGCCGGAGCCCGAGAGCGAAGAGCCGGAUGACCAGGAGAGCAUAGAGAGCGAGAACCAGCUGGCGGAGUCGCUCGUGGAGCAGGAGAAGCGGCAGGCCGAGGAGCUGGAGCAGCAGAUCCGGGCCCUGGAGGCGCGCCUCGUGCAGGGCGGCGGCGGGAAGGAGCUCCUAAACAACUUGAACGAGUCCCAGCUGAUCCUCGAACAGCGACACAGCGAGAUCGCUGAGAGGAAGAAGAGAGAAGUGGAGAUGCAGCAGAAGAUAGACCUCGAGGAGGAGACCACGGCCAGUGUCACCAGCACCUUCACCAGCCUGCAGCAGGAGGUGGACCACAAGACACAGAGGCUGAAGCGCUGCCUGUCGAAGUACCUGUCCCUGCGCGAGGAGAUGGUGGAGCAGCGCGAGGCGCACGACGCGGAGCGCCGCGAGCAGGAGGCGGCUCAGGCGGCGCUGGUGGGCGCGCUGCGGCGGCGGCUGCUGCUGGCGGACAGCUUCGUGCCGCGCGCCGGGCGCCAGCACGUGCUGCGCCACGCCUGGAACCACGACACGGACACGUGGGAGCGCCAGGAGCACAGCGGCGUAGAGCCCCUCACAUCCCGCCCGGUGGCGGCGGCGGGGCGGCGGCGGCCGCUGUGCGAGGCGGCGCUGGCGGAGCGCCUGCCGCGGCAGCGCUGCGAGGACCUGCUGGACCUGCGUCCCAUCCCCCUGCCGUCCACCACCAGGGUGUACGUGCCGCCGCCGCCGCCCGUCGUACAUGUGAAGCAGAUGCCCGAGCCGAAGCUGAAGAAGGAGCCGGACAUCGAGGUGCGCAAGUCGGGGGUGCGGCGCCCCGCCCCGCGCCCCGCGCGCCCCUCCACCGCGCACCACCGCCUAGGCACGGCGGGCGGGCGGUAGGGCUGGCCCGCCCCCGCCCCCGCCCCGCCGCCCGCCCCGCGCUCGCCCCGCCGCGACCGCCAGCACACGCUGUGUACCAGGGAGCACAGUCACUGACUACCAACCAACAUGAUGCAAUACAUGGUUUAGUUCGUUCAAAUCAGUUAUUAGAGGUUAUAUAGGCUAAAUAUUUGACUGUACGGCAACGGAAGAGAAAAUAUAGUGUCUUUUAGGCGUAAUAUGUGUGCUUAUGCGCGAAUCGCAGUAAAAAGUACUCAGUCAGAUUCUGCGUUUAAAAUACGAAGGUAUAUCUUUCUCUCGCAGUCUGGUUAAAAUAAUGCCGUGCAAUAGACCCACUUGAAUGAACUAAAACCUAAGUACAGCUCUCAACAUAUAGGUACAACGAGUAAAUAAACAGAGUAUAAUAUAGUCGCAGAUGAAUUCAUAUAUUGUUAUACCGUUUCCUAUUAUAUUUUUCUGUGGAGUGGUUGGUCGUGCUGGAGUGCGGGGGUGCGGGCGGGGGCGGGGGUGAGACGAGGGGGUGCGGGGGGUGAGACGCGGGGAGAGCGGGCAAGGGGGGGGCAGUGGCAGGGAGAGAACUAUACGUCCUAUUGUACUUGCCAAUUUGAUACUUCGUUUAACUAAGAUCUUGAAGAUACAAAUGGCAAAAUUUGUGAAAUAUCGUAACAUUUUGCUAUGGCUGUUUGAUUAAUACUAUUUUAAAUGAAAUUGUCGUCUUUGAUUCGAUAUAAAUGAUGUGAUGUACAUAUUUGUAUCUUCAAUAUCUUAUGUAGAAGCUCAGUGAGUAAAAACCUGUGCUGGUUUUAGUGAGAUCAAAGUGUAAGUUCUGUAAAAAUGAAUUCGAAAAUUGUAAACCUCGCCAAUUUUAUGUAUAUUUUACAAUUGGUCAACGUUGGAAAGAGGACUAUCGAUUUGCAAGCUCCGACAGUGAGUGGUGGUAAUAUUGAACUAAUAUUAGUCGUACCUACUUGUUUGUAUCGCGAUAUUUUUAUACAAUAAUGAAACUGAAUGUACGCAAUAUCUGCAAACGCUUCGCCAUGUCGCUUGUCAUGACAUCUCCACGCAAAGCUGUUACUUAUGAAAUUAGAUAGAAAUUUCAAAUCACUUAUUGUAAAACUAUCUUUUUAUCUUAGCUUUACAAUUCCAAAGUAAUAUUUUUACAAAUAUUGCAAAGAUAUCGUAUUGUGUAUAUAGUUAAUGAAUACUUGGUAGGCGCUGCCUCGUAGUGGUUUCAUGAAAUAGCGCGAUAAUUGAUCUCAGUAGUGCGUCGCCGCACUGUUGCUUGUAUAAUUAAAUUAUGUACCUUUAUUAUUUAUUAUGUUCUGUCCAAAAAUAUAUAUUAUUUAGUAGCAUACACAGCGGUAGUAUCACCGUGAAGCUUGAGGUAUAUAAAAUAAUCAAAAUCAAAUAUCGCAACUAUUUUGAUAAAUUUGUUUAGAUCCCCAAAGUCAUCAUGUAGACUUAAUUCACAAUGUAGCGAUUUGUUUUAUUUUAAUUACAAUUUUAUUUGUCGUUAUGCUUUUGUACAAGUUUAUUUGUUGCUGAGCGCGAUGUGCACGUGAUAUUAGGGAAAUUGUUGUUUGUACCGCGUAUUUACUAAUAUUCAUAUUUUCAUAUUUGUGUUGAAAUUUGUUUAUAUUUACUUUAUUUUGUUCUGGCAACAUCUUUGUUGAAGAUGUGUGGCUCUCUCUUGUGUUGUGAAUUUAAUUUUAUUGUUUAGAUUCAAAGUUACCAAAGACGGAACUCCAACAUUCCAGUAGUUGCAGCAGUCUAGUGUCCAGUAGACACGAGGAGUGUAGUAGACACGCCGAGUCUACGAGUAGACAAACCGAGUUCCUUUGUAAAAAUCUAUAUUUUUUUGUUAUUUAUUCUAGACACGGUUUCUAGUCAAUGGUUUUAUUAUGAACAAAUAUGUAAAUAAUAUUAAUUACUGGGUUUAAUAUAGUCGUAGUUAAUAUGAUAUAGGCAGGAGGCUAACCGCACAACCCUACAUACAGAAACUAGUGAAUUAUAGUAUUAAAAGUUAUUAUUAUUUUGAAAUAAAUAGUAUCUAGAUGUUUUAAUUUUAACAAAUCAUGGUUUUACUUGAAUGAUUGUGGUGGCCUUACCUUCUUAGUGUGUAACUUAUUAAAUAGCCAGAUAAUUAUGAAAUAUAAUGUAAAGCUAUUGGCAAGAGUUACAGGGGGGAGGCAGGCGCGUGAUACAGGAUGUUCGUAACCCGCUAGUCAGCUGCCGCGUACCUACACGCUUAUACUCACUAAUAAAAUACUUUUUAGAAA